AUGUUGUCGGCAAUAUCGUGGGUCCCGCGCGGCGCGGCGAAACCGUUCCCAAAAACAGCGGAGCUCGACGAGGAGGAGGUCGCGGAGGUGCGGCUCCGCGCAGAGGGCGCCGCGGCGGCCGCCGCCGCCGUAGCUAGCGGCGCGGGCGACGCCGACGCUGAGGAUGGCGAAGAGAGGGACGCGGAGAAUGACGACGAUGCAGCGAUGGAAGAGGAGGACGAGGAGGAGGGGAGUGAGGAGGAAGGGGAGGCGGACGGUGAGGAGGCAGCGGCGGCGGCGGCGGCGUUGGCGGCGGAGAUCCGGAAGGCGAAGAAGGGCCAAUCGGCGGAUGACAGGCUGGCAGACGAGCUUGCUGAGCUGGACAUGGACCACUAUGACGACGAGGCCGACGCGGCGCCGAACCUGUUCGGCACGGGGAAGGGCAUCGGCGCGGCGUAUUACCGAAGCAACGACGAAGACCCGUACCUCACCAAAGCGGAAGGUGCGGAGGACGAGGACGAUGAGGAUGAGAUCGAAGAUCUCACCAUACGCGAUACAGACUUGCUCAUUCUCGCGGCGCGGAACGAGGAUGACGUCAGCUUCAUCGAGGUUUGGGUGUGCGAGGAGCAGCAGAGAGAGGAGGGGGAGGAUGGCGAUGACGUGGCACAAAACGACAAGGAGCUCAACAUGUAUGUGCACCACGAUAUCAUGCUUCCCGCCUUCCCGCUCGCUCUCGCCUGGAUGGAUUUCAACCCCUCCGCCGCCGCCGCCGCUGCCGCAGGCGGUUCCUCCGCCGGCGCGACCGCCGCCGCGAUUGCCGCCGUGGGCGCCGGCGCGAGCGUCCUGGCGCCAGGAAACUUCGUGGCAGUUGCGACGAUGGACCCUGCUAUCGAAAUCUGGGACUUAGACGUUCUAGACGAGGUCGAACCCGCCGCGGCUUUAGGAGGGUUUGUGACUACAACGAGCGGUGCGGGCGGUGAUGCGGAAGAGGACGGCGAAGAGGAGUGGGAGGAGGUGGAGGAGGAGGAGGAGAUGGAGAUGGGCGGCGGGGCGGCAGUGCUAAAGGAGGGGAGCCACAAGGGUGCGGUGAUGGCUCUGUCGUGGAAUCGCGAGUACCGGAACGUGCUGGCGAGCGGAGGGGAGGACCGGCGGGUGAAAGUGUGGGACAUGGCGGCCCAGCGCUGUGACCGCACGCUCAAGCUGCACACCGGCAAGGUGCAGGCGGUCGCCUGGGCGCCCCUGCACGCCACGAGUCUAUUGUCUGGGUCGUUCGAUCGCUCCCUCGCCCUGACGGACGUCCGGUCGCCCGAUGCUACAGUGCUUCGGUGGGGUGUCUCUGCUGACGUGGAGGCCCUCGCAUGGGACCCACACGACAGCACGCGCUUCGUCGUCUCUUCUGAGGACGGGCUCAUCUGCUGCCACGACACGCGGGCGGGCAGCAGCAACGCCACUGCCGCCAGCUCAGCGUCGUCAGUUUCGUCUUUUCCGAAUGCCCUCUUCACGAUCCAUGCGCACACCAAGGCAGCUUGCACUGUAUCCUGGAACCCUAAAAUCCCGAACCUACUCGCGUCUGGUUCGACAGACAAGACUGUGAAGCUGUGGGACCUUACGGGGAACCAGGCUCGGUGUUUGGAGUCUUCAAAUCCUAAGCUGGGAGCGGUUUUCUCGGUGGCGUUUUGCGCGGAUGCGCCUGGUUUCCUGGCUAUGGGAGGAUCAAAGGGGAAGCUGAAGGUGUGGGAUACCAGGAAAGUUGCUGACGUGGGACAGAGGUUAAGAGCGAUGUAA